AUGUCUCUUGCAACCCACGUCGACCCUGACGAGAUCAUCCAGCGACUCCAGGCGUCUCACAUCACGGCACCUGGCCACACUAAUCUGAACAGCCAAGGGAGAGCUGCCCACAUCCACCCGUUUGACACCCAGUAUUCGAGUCAAGAAAACAUCCCCAAGUUCAAGAUUCCUCAAGAUGGCGCCCCCGCUGAUACCGUCUACCACAUGGUGAGGAACCAGCUGGAUCUCGAUGGCAAGCCAAACUUGAACCUCGCCAGCUUCGUCAGCACAUUCCUCGAGCCGAAUGCCCAGCAAUUGAUGGAGGAGAACUUGACGAAGAAUCUGGCCGACUCGGACGAGUAUCCGGCCAUGAUGGACAUCCAUCAGCGAUGCAUCAGCAUCAUUGCUCACCUCUGGGGCGUACAGCCCGGUGAGAGGGCAAUCGGCUCCGCCUGCACAGGUUCUUCUGAAGCCAUCCAUCUUGGUGGUCUCGCCAUGAAACGCAGAUGGCAGGAGAAGCGAAAGGCUGAAGGCAAGGACGCAUCCAAGCCCAACAUUAUCAUGGGCGCCAACGCACAAGUCGCCCUGGAGAAGUUUGCCCGGUAUUUCGAAGUCGAGGCCCGUAUCCUACCCGUCAGCGCGAAAAGCCGCUUCCGUCUAGAUCCCGAGCUUGUAAAGGAGUACAUUGACGAGAACACGAUUGGCGUCUUUGUCAUCCUUGGAAGCACGUACACAGGUCAUUACGAGCCGGUCGAGGAAAUUUCGAAGAUUCUUGACGACUUUGAGGCAAAGACGGGUGUUGACAUUCCCAUCCACGUCGAUGCUGCUUCUGGCGGCUUCAUCGCUCCAUUCACCGACGCUGGUGCCGGUGGUGCCAAGUGGAACUUUGAACUUCCAAGAGUCAAAUCCAUCAACACUUCGGGUCACAAGUUUGGUCUUGUGAGCGCAGGCCUCGGCUGGAUUAUCUGGCGGGACGAAGCCUACCUUCCAGAAUUCCUCGUCUUUGAGUUGCACUAUCUCGGUGGCACCGAAAAGUCUUACACGCUCAACUUUUCCCGGCCUGGUGCGCAGGUUGUCGUUCAAUAUUACAACCUUGUGCAUCUUGGGUUUUCCGGGUACCGCGGUAUUAUGGAGAAUUGUCUCGCGAAUGCACGAUUGCUGGCGAACAGCUUGGAAGAAACAGGCUGGUAUACCGUCGUGUCCGACAUUCACCGCCGCGUGGAUGGCGGAUCCGACAGGGCACCCAAGUCUGGAACUGAGGGGGGCGCUGAACAAGAGACCCAACGCGAGACCUCGGCGGACUACGUUGCUGGCCUGCCCGUCGUUUCGUUCCGUCUCACUGAUGAGUUCCAGAAGCAGUACAGCCACAUCAAACAGGAGACGGUGUCGCUGUUCUUGCGCGCCAAGGGUUGGAUCAUUCCCAAUUACGCUCUGCCGCCCGGCGAGGAGAAGACGGAAAUUCUGCGAGUCGUCGUUCGCGAAAAUAUGACCUUCGACCUCUUGGAGCUCCUGCUUACCGACAUUGUAACGGUCACGGAGACGCUUAUUGAGAACGAUCAGGUCGAUCUUUCCUCGCUGAAGCGGCAUCACAUUGGGCACGGCAGGCGGCCUGUCACCAAGCAAGAUCACGAGAGGCACAAGCGUAGACUUGAGGGACACGGUAAGAAGAGGCUGCAGGACGGCAUUCACAGGACGGUGUGUUAG